AUGUUAGUGACAUGGUUACUUCUUCUCCUUGUAACAUUGUCAUUAGUUCCUGCGGCAUUGUGUUCUGUGUGUUCACGUCAUUUGCUUUCUAAACCACUUAUAGGAGAUGACGGAAGAAUCUAUGUUUGUUCUGAUAAAACCUUUUUGUCAUUUGAAACCAAUGGUACCAUUGCUUGGUCUAUUCAUGUUGACUAUAAAUGUAAUGUUGGGUUGGCUCCUGUUCAUGCUGGUCUUGGAAAGAUAUACUUGGUAGCUGAAAACAGAAUAUUGAAGAUUGAUUAUGGAAACAUCGGAAUUUCCGAGCCUGCAGUAGAACUUUUCUUUGGUCCAGAACCAGGUCAAAAGGCAGAAACUAAAAUUAUCGGCCUCUCGGUAAGCACAUUAAGCUCAACUGUAUUCAUCAACGUCAAAAAUCGAGGACUCUUUGCGUAUCUGUCACACGGACGUUUACUUUGGAGUUUAGGACCUGCGCUUUACCAGUUUGGCUACCGUCAAGGAUGCCGGAAAAAUCUUACAGAUUGUUACUUUUCCUCAGUUCCUGUACUUGAUCAAUGCGAGGCUAGUAUUUACAUUGCGAACACAGAAGGAGAACUGUAUUGCUUGUCGGUCCGUGGCCGUGACUUUAGAUGGAUACAAGAUUUUAGUUCAUUAGACAAAAGUUUCACCAUAACUCCUGGAAACAAUGGUCAUCUGUAUGUAACCGUUCCAACAAGAGCUCUUAUACUAGCUUUGGAUGUCUUUACGGGUAAUAUCUUGUGGCAGGGUAGUGUUGGACCAUUAAGCAAAAUUGACUGCGCUCCUGUUGUCGACUCUAAUGGAUGGAUAUCUAUCGGCUCAUUGGAUGGAUUCCUUUAUUCAUUUUCGCCAACCGGAAUACUCAAGAAAUUCUCAAGAAAAAAUACUGAGAACUCUAUUGCUCAAGUUGGUCCAUUUCUUGAUUGUUCUGGAUUUGCUGUCUACAGUUCACAGAUAGAGAUGGAAGGAAAAGUUAGCCAUGGUAUUGGCGAAUAUACUGUUGUUUCGGCAAUUCGACCAAAAGCUGCAAUAUUCACAAUGUUGGUUCCUGCAACUGGAUCAAUAUAUUGGUCUGAAGGAUAUCCUGGCAAACUUUCAACUUUAUUAUCCAAGAGUGAUCUAAGUCAGUUUGUUGUGAAUGAGGAGAUUCUUCUUACAUUCAUUGCGGCCUCAAGUCAGAAGCUUGCAUCUAGCUGCUCUCAAGCAAGGAAUAAGCUUGUCAACAUCUAUUCAGGAAAUGAAAGGACAAUAGAAUUUUUUCUUCUAUUUGAGUCAUUUCUGUUGGUUCUACUAAUUGGACUUGUAAGAUUCUGCUGCACAUUUUGGGCCAAAAGGAAACUUCAAGAUCAAGGUCUUGGAAGUUUCCUCGACAAGCGAGUAAGUAUUAAGUUACAAGUUAAUGACAAAUUCAAGGACUCAAUUAAAGUUCAGAGACUAAGUUACAAAUUAUUGACAAAAUGUACCUUCUUUCACAACUCAUAUCUCUACCAUUUGGACAUUCAGUGCUCUCUUCAACUCCAAAAGAAAGCUUUGGUUAAAACAAUUUCCGAGCUCGAGAAAAAAUCAGCAGAAGAAUCAGUGGACAAUGAAGUUUACGAAAAGCUAGGCGAUACAGUAAGAAAAAAGGAAAACAUAGAGAGGAAACUAUCAACUACCUAUAGUUUAGGAAGGGACAGAACAAACUCAAAAUCAAAAUCUAUGCUUCCUUUACAAAUUGGAAAAAGAAAAAGCUACUCAUUUCAAGGUGCAAAGAAGCAGAAGCUGAAAAUGUUUGAUACAUUGAGUGAUGCAUCUAGUGAAAGCAGCAUUGAAGGAGAGAGAGACAUGGUUGAGGUGUUAGAUUCAUCUGCUAAGGAGAAAGGAAAAACACCUAUGGUAGAGGUUACUUCAACUUCAAGCAAUGAUGAGGAUUUUAUAAAUCCUUUAGAUGUAACUUGACUUUGAAGUUGUAACAAAUAUAUUCAUGUACAUAGUCGUGUAAUUAAGUAGUAUCUAUCAUACAUGUACUUAGGAAGUAGCAAUAUAGUUAAUUUUCUUGUUAAUGUAAAUUAUAUUUAUUGUUACUUAA